AGGGGGUAGCGGUGGUGGGGCCGCGCCCGUGGCUGGUGCAAUUGAUGCGUCUGCAAUAGACGUGGAAAUGCUGGACAAAAACGCAGACACUCUCAUUGUCGGUCCUCGUGGCAUAGAGUCUUCUUCAAAAAAUCUCCUCGGUAACAAAGCGAUAAUUCCCGGUAGCAGAAAUAACCUGCAGACAAGCGAGGUGCUGCUGUUGAUCAUGCAGACAUUGAAGUCUCUAAAUCUCGUAUCCUGAGUAAAAACGUACCCACACCAGAGUUGUAAUGCAGAUUUGCAAAGACAGGAAGACUUGUAAUGCGCAUCCCCAUGAGAGCCAUUUCCAAUCGUGUUUUGGAAUUUGUGAUGCUAUGAACAGGAUGAGCAGAUGAAUCUGUGACGCGGCUGCACUUGCUAACCUGCACUACACUGCAUAGCGCAACUUGUGAUGCGUGACUCACAAAGCUCCUAGGUUUGUGCUGCAAAAUCCCCAUCCUGACUCUGGUGUGGGUGCGUUUUUACUCAGGAUAUCUCGCACAAUCUCUACAGACAUUGGAAAAGGAGACGGGGUUGAGCCUGGAAAGCCCCUGGUGCAAGCAGCUGAAGCAGAAAUUGCGACUAGAUGCGGAAGAGGUCGUGGAUGGAAAGAAUAUAGAAGAUCAACAGGAACCUGCGAGGACAUCGAAAAUCGACUACGAGGGUGCGCUUGAGCUGCUGGACACGGUUUUUGAUGAAAACUUUGCGGCUGGUGGUGCCAGCAGUGGGUCCUCGUCGUUCGUACACGAUCCUCUUCGUCCACCCCGGCAACCCACGAGCUUAUCUGAAUUCUACACGUGGGAGAAGAACAAGGAGAAAAUCAUCUUUCUCAUCUACGAACAGUACUACUUGGAGCUUCUUUUUUUCGACGAUAUCAUCACAGCCAUCCAACUCCUGCAGUUCAUGCUCUUACCGGAAAAUGGGAUAGUCAACUCCGAAAAAAUGCAGAAACGGGUGCACGAGCUCUCCUCGUUUCUGUUAGUGGAUGACUUCAAACAAAGCAAGCAGUUUAGAAGUUUGCGGCGAGCUGGUGGACGGGGAAAAGCACAAGGAGAAGCGCGAGGGCGCACUAGAAACGCUACUAGUAAAGGAGAAGGAGAUCAUCCGCAGAAAUUCAGUUUGCACUACACACGGAAAAACUUAUAUGACACCAUUCUGAAACUCUUACCUUCAAACAUCAUGACACCGCCCAACCGCUUCGUGGAAAUCUGUCACCAGGCUUUGAAGUACCAAGAGCUGGUUUCCCCUUUUCAGAAUGACGUGGCGAGCGUCUUGGGGCUGAAUUCUGGUGCAACUAUUUCUGGUGCACCAUCUAGCGUGAUGUCAAUCCCCCGGCCGAUGAUGACGUCAAACAAGAACCAUAUUACCGGCCCCCGCGGAACGAGAAGCCUGAUGGAGAACUACACAUGCGCACCGCUCCCGGUCCCGUUAUUGCAAAGGGAAGUGCUCGUGAGCCACAGCGACGAGCUUUGGAGCCUUGCUGUGUCCAAUCCGGCGUUGCAUGUUUUCACCACUGGUGCGUCUUCUGGUGCAAGUGCAACAAGCCCAAAGAAUAUCAAACAAAAAAAGUUCGUCACGGUCACUCAUGCGCAUUUUUGCAAUACAAAAUUGCUUGUCAUGCGUAAAAAUGCAUCACAGCCAAACUUUAUUACGGAUUUCCGUAGUGUUUUCUGCAAUACAAGGAAAAUUUGUGAUGCUAAGAAAAUUUGUAAUGCAAAGCCUGCAAAUUAGUGACUGUGACAAACCUUUUUCUCUCCAUAAAGAAGAUGAUGAAAACGAUCGUCGCCACAGCAGGGAGAGACCGCCGGGUGUGCAUCUACACGAUUGGGUUUGAUGCGACCGUUGAUCAUUCCGCCGCGUUGGGGCCACGAGCAGGACAUUGUUCAACAGGUUCUGCUGAAAUUAUACCGGACGGGCGUGCUGCUGCUGGUGGUUCUGGUGAAGGAGAGAACUACGAAGACAGCUCUUUAUUCAACACGUUUAAUUAUGACAACCACUACGACACGUCGCACGCAGAAUUGGGAAGGGAAAUGGACAGCGCAAUUUAUUUAUGCAAGAAAAAAACUGUGUAAGUGUAACGUUUUUGCAGGAACAGCAUCACAGAUUUGUUUUGCAUGACAGAAAACUUGUCAUGCGUAGUUGGUACGCUAAAACACGUACUAAAAUAGCCUCUGAUGCAUAGCCGGCUUGACAAGUGUAACUGUAUUGCAACAUCUGCAAGACAGAGUUACACUUACACAGUUUUUUUAUUGCAUACUAUCACAAUUCCGUCUCGCCGUCGAAGAUGAACGCGUACACCAUGUUGGGUGGUCGAGCACGUUAUCAAAUGCAAAAGUAUCUGGGUCUGGAAGAAUGCAUGAUUUGUCAUGCAUAUUUCUCAUGACCCACGAUUGUCUGUGAUGUAUGCCCUAGCAUUACAGAUUUUUAGAACCCUUCCUGAUGCACCUUCCGCAUGAGAAAUGCCCUGUGGUCCGUGUAGCACAAAUUGCCCCCCUCUUGCUGGUCAUGCAAUACAAAUUUUUUUAGAGUCGAAAAACAGCAUGACAAGUUGCAAUCUUCUAGACCCAGACACUUUUGCAUUUGAGACACGUGGUCCGCGGCGUCUGAAAAGUUUCUACAACUCCCGUGCUGCAGACCGGAAAAGUAGAAUUGUGAAGCGUGCGAUAAAGGAUUGGAAUACGACUUCGGAACUUCAAUUUGCCCGCGCUCCUGACGCGGCGGCCGCUGUGCGUCUUUACAACCACCAGCGAAGAAGUAGUACAUCUAGGAGAAACGUCAAAGUCCCAGUUCUCGAACGCAAGGCGGUUUUUCGCGCCGGUGGAAUGACGGGCGGUGGUGGGGUCACGACCACGGCGGGUGGUAACUACAAUAAUGCUCCUUCGAACAACUUGCAGUUUGGUAGCAGCGCCGGCGUAUGGGUUGCAAAUAUGUCUGGGUCAGGAAGAAUGCACGUUUGUCAUGCUUGUCUGGCAUGACUCUUAAAUCUGUGAUGCAUGAGCAGGAAAAGGGCCUCUUGCCUGUCAUGCAAAAACGCAGUUUGUCAUGCGGAAAGCGCAACACUGAGCAGCGCAAACCUUUCUCAUGCAAGGCUGUGCAUUACAGAGCAUUCACUAUUCCCAACCAAGCAUUACAAGUUUCCAGACCCAGACAUUUUUGCAGCUACAAGGCGGGCUGGUUUUGGAAAAUUCGGUCGGACACACGGCAGGAGGUGCAGCUGCGAACACCAAUACGAACGCGCGUUCGCUGUUUUCGUCGUCCAGUACUAACGUUGUGAAUACUAACCUUGUUCCGGGGGGCGCCGGACCACAACAUCCUCCCGUAGCGCAGGCAAAUAGUAAUUUCGCCCCUCCUCAUCAUGACGACGGAGAGAACAUGGUGGAGCUUUCCCACUGGAUCGAUGCGGCCCCGCAGAGGAAGGACAAGAACCCAAGUUCUCCGACGCCCAGGCCGGAGCCAGACGUGGAGGACGACGACGUGGAGGCGGAAAAAGCAGUCACCUGUCUGGCUUUCUCCACCGACGGCAAGAUGCUUUUGGGGUGUAGCAUGAAGAAGCUGUGGCUGUGGACCUUCCCGGAAGAGGAAUUCGCGGAAAAUUUUGUCGAUUUUCGUGGUGGUCAGGACUCAGCAAAGACAUCCACAGCUACAGGAACAAAUCCAGCAUCAAAUUCAUCCGCGAAUAGCGCAACGAACAAGGACUCAGCUGCUUUGGAAAGGACGGAAUCUGCUGGGGCCACACCUGUGGUGUACAAAACACCGACUCUGUUCGAUGAGCAAGAUACUACUACGGGUUUGGGUUUGGCUGGGCAGGAAAAUACAUCCGGAGAGAACUACGAAGGAACUACAUCGGCAGCGGGGGAAACGGAAAAGAAAAGGACUUCUAUCAACCACUGUAUCCACCAAGUGGGCUCCCUCGUGAUGGAGCGAAAUUCCGCCUAUCUGCACGUCGACUGGAUGAGCGAGACGGAAUUUGUUUAUGCAACCUUCGAGCAAUCGUCUUCGUUCAGCCCGUACCGAAUUCGCGCGGCGAAGAUCCAAUUCGUGGAACAAAAGGUCCAUCAAACAACAGCGGGAUCUGCUAGCACCACCCCGCAAUUUCUUUUGAAAACCCAGUAUAAACUGCAAGUAUGUCUGGGUCUGGAAGAGUGCAAGAAGUUUGUCAUGCUUAUUUGGCAUGACUCAAGAAUCUGUGUUGCAUAGGCACGAACAGGCCCUCUCACCUGUCAUGCAAAAACGCAGUUUGCCAUGCGGAAUACGUAAGACAUGGCAGCCAAAAAAUUUGUCAUGCAUAGCUGCGUAUUGCAGUGCGUCUAUUAUCCACGUUUAGCAUUACAAGUUUCCAGACCCAGACAUAUUUGCAAUCAAUACCCAGCCCCUGUGGACGAUUCAGACGUCGCCGAUUCAGGAUUUGUGCUUCAACUACAAUAAGACGCUGCUGUUCGUUUUGUCCGUGGAAAAGGGAAUCAAGGUCUACGGUACGAAAAAGGCGAAGAACAAACAGGACAUUAUAUCCUGUGUAAAAACGUCCCCACCCCAGAGUUGUCAUGCAGAUUUGCCAUGACAGGAACAUUUGUGAUGCGCAACCCCAUGACAGGCAUUUUCAAUCGUGUUUGGGAACUUGUAAUGCUGUAAACAGGAUCAGAAGGUCGAUUUGUGAUGCGGCUUUCCUUGCUAACUUGCACUACCUUACGGACUGAAACUUGUCAUGCGUGACUCCUAAAACUCCUAGGUUUGUGUUGCAAAAUCCCCACCCUGACUCUGGUGUGGGUACGUUUUUACUCAGGAUACAUUAUGUCCCAGCAAAUGGGUUCGCUUUCGCCGCCGUUUUUGGCCCCCUCGGGUUCCCGCACGCGGUCCGGUAACCCGACCUCCUUUGCCGUGUUGCCGCCGAAACUUUCCGAUGCGACGCCUUUGGAGUUGGCCACCAUUCCCGAGAAGGAACCCGUGACCAGCAUCCGCGCGUCAAACCUGACGAACGCACUGCUCGCCAGUCGCGCCGCGCUGGGGAAUAGUGAGAGGGGGCCUUCGGGGCUGGUCAGACUUUGGCAGCUGGACGUGGUAUUGCAGGACAUGCAAGUUGUAGGCGACUUCUCAGGCGGGUCAAGUGGAUUUCAGCCCUUCGGUAGUAAUGACGAACAGGAUCAUCAUCAUGAGCCGUACAACGAUUUUGCGGGCACAGUGACUAACGCGCUUUCAACAUCAUCUUCCGGUACUACAAGAGGGAAUAAUUGGAGUAGAAACAGGCAAGCCGGGGAACACACGAAGAACAUCAAACAGCAGAAAAAAUUCUCUCUGAAGAUUGAGAAGAAGCAGGAGUACUACGGGCACACCCAGUCUCGGUUUAUUCUAUCGUGAGGAAAAAUCCCCCCUCCCCAUAUUGAAAGCGCAUCCAUCUGAAAAUUUGUGAUGCAGAUUUGUGGCCACAAAUCGCGCUUGUCGUGCAAGAAGGCAAGUCCAGGCUGCCCGGCACGUUAUGCAGGCGAUUUGUGAUGCUGUAGGGCCUACAGGGCAGCCGUCUACCAUGCUAAGCGCCUACACCAAAAGGUCCCUACCUAGGCUUGCGAGCUGCGUGCAGUGCUCUACUGCAAUACAAAUGUGAUUUGUGUACUGAAACACAGCAUCACAAAUUUCGUUUUCGAUAUGGGGUGGGGGCUUUUUUCACUUUGAUAUAUUCUCCGUCCGACCUUCGGGGGGAAACGGGAAGAGUUUGUCAUCAUCGGGUCCGAAACGAGUGUGAUUUGUGUGUGGCACAAGGAACUGGGGACGCUGCUCUGCACACUGAAGGGACACGCAUCCUCGGUUUCUAGUUGUCUAUGGGUGACCAGGCCGGAGGUUAGUGGUGGGGAGGAACACGAAGAUAGGACGUCGACCAGGAUACUGUCCGAUAGAAUGGACGAUAAUUACCUCUUCUCGAUUAGCGACGACCGGUCGUUAAGGGUGUGGGCACCGAAGGACUAUUUCCUGGAGAUUUGAGGAUAUUUGCGAACAGUUUUGUUGACAGACAAAGUCGGAGAAGAAGUUUUGAAGUUGAAGGUCUUGGCACUCUCUAGUUCUUUGGAUAUGAAGUGAACAAUUUUGGGUAGAAAAUAAAGGUCGGACUCUGAAUAUUGUGUCCGUGAAGCAGCAGCAGAUUUC